AUCAACUUCCACAUCCGGUGGGGCCACACAAAAUACCCAGACACUGACCUGGAAAAGAUUCCUUAUAGUCUGACAUAGUGAUAGUCGUAACGUACAAGCCUUACCUUGGGGUUUCAGUAAGCGGAACUUCAGUAAUACAGACCGCUGCUGGCGUUAACUAAUCGGGGUAAUUUCUUGAGAUGCCGUCCGUUCGGCGCCCAAUUUUUCUACUCAAAGAAAAGUCCCGUAUUUUGCGCGGAUGUGUACAACAGGGCAAUGCAACCAUUUUGCUUUGAACUACAAUGGGCAGAUAAACUCGACUGCGAUAGCAAACGUGCCUCCUCGCAACUUAUUCAUUUUCGGAUGACAUAGAUGGUAACGAUGGUCUCCAAUAAACUAAAUUGUUGGCACAAUUAAAUGAUUCUGUUGAGGAUACGUUUAAAAAUGAAUACGUAUGUGCGGAUGGAUACAUAGCGCGAGUACGCAUGCGUCUUGUGUUUUACAGGGUUGCCGUGUAUCGCUGUUACUUGGCACUUGUACGAAGUUUUGUUGACAGUAAAGUAAAUUCAUAUUGGCUCCUGUUAAUUUACUGAAGUCGUUAACUUGUUUGUUUCCACGUGUUCUUUGAGCAAGCUGCCAUAAGCUGACAUUUGGGCAAUUCAGUUAAAGAUGGACAAACUUCAGUGAUUAAUAUUGCUUGUAGCUACAUGGCUAGCUGACGUCAUAUAUAGAACCGCUAUUGGCUAUUUCAGGAGCUAGCUAGCAUUAACUAGUCUAAACAACUAGCUAGCUACUUCUAAAUGAAUCCGCUAAUUAACAAGCAAGAUUAUGUUCAUCAGAUUGAUAACUAGCAUAAUUUUAACAAACUACUGUAAGACUUGGUGUUAAUAAAGCUGGCUGUUUUGAACCAUUCCCGCCCCUAAUAUAACGUUAGCCUCCUGAGCUUGCUAGCAAGUCAACAAUUGAGGAGUUCUGUUCCGGUAAUCAGCUGUCUGCCAGGAUAGCCCAUCAAAAUGACAACUUCGUUGCGGUGAUUCCGCGCUACAUUAUGGUCAGUAUGUGAAAUUAAGUUUCCUGGCGUGCUUUUUUCCAACAUACCUUCAACGAUGCCAGCCGUAACCGUUGUAAAGGAGCUGUACCUAUCGACGUCUCUGGGAGAUCUCAACAAGAAAGCUGAAAUUAAGCCUGAUAAAAUUAACACGAGAAGUUAUGUACAGAGUGCCUGCAAGAUCCUUAAAGCAGCUGAGGAGAGUCGCCUUGACGGAGAUGAGGAAAAGGCCUAUGUGCUGUACAUGAAAUACCUGACCGUUUAUGACAUCAUCAAAAAAAGGCCCGAUUUCAAGCAACAACAGGAAUUCUUUCUCUCUGUACUGGGGCCAACCAGCUUCAAAAAAGCCAUCGAGCAGGCGGAGAAGCUGUCCGACAGCCUAAAGCUCAGGUACGAGGAGGCGGAAGUGCGCAAGCAGCUGGACGAGAGGGAGCGGCAGGAGGAGAGGCGGAGGAGGGAGAAGUCCCAGAGGGAGCCGGGGAGGGGGCCUUUAAAAGAGACGGCAGGCACCAAGAAAGAGGACAACAAGGUGAAGGGAGAACCAAAGAGUUUGAGGAAUGACACCCCGAAAGCUGCCGUCCCUGCCGGGGGGCUGACCCCAGAGGCCCUGUUCUGCAUUAUGAGGGAGCAGAGCGUCAGGAUCGUGGUGAUGGAUGCCAGGAGCAGGAGAGAUUUCGAGGAGUCUCAAAUCCAGGUCCCCUCCCACAGGUGUAUCAGCGUCCCUGCGGAGAUCAUCAGCCCAGGAAUAACUGUCAAUCAAAUUGAGGCCCAGCUUCCAGAAGAGUCAAAGGAGCAGUGGAAGAGGCGGGGCUUGGCCGAUUAUAUCGUCCUUCUGGAUUGGUUCAGCUCUGUGACGGACCUCCGGCUGGGCUCCUGUCUGCAGAGCCUGAAGGACGCCCUGUAUAAGUGGGACAGUGAGACCGUUCUCCACGCAGAGCCCCUGGUUCUGGAGGGAGGCUACGACAGCUGGCUGCUUUAUUACCCCAUGUUCACCUCCAAUGCCAAAGCCAAACCGCCCAGGGAACAACCCAACCACCCCCUCCCAACAUUGGACUUCAGCUACCCCUCGCUGGAGGAGCCCAGACCCAAGUCUCCAGCCCUGCCAGAACCAGAACCGGGCCCUGAGUCUACGCCCCCCGCGGAGGUGAACGGGUCAGCCGCCGGAGGGGAGAGGCCCCGUCUGGACUCGCAGGGCCCCAGGGCGCAGCCGAAGGCCCCGGCCACGUCCCAAGCCCCCUCACCGGCCCCCGCUGACACGUCCAGCAAAGCAGCGACCAGCCAGCACCCGGGCACGGCUGGGCCUGUCCCUCAGGUCGAUCGCUCCAGAAAGCCGGCAGUCGCUGAGGGUGCUCGGCCCAGCAGUGAGGCGGAUGCUUCAGGCCGGGACCGGAAGUCCAUCCUGAACGGGCCGGCGGCACCAGACCGCACCGGAAAAGCCCAAACCCGGCCCGGCAGCACCCCAGGGGAGGGGCAGGUGGAGGGAGUGAAGAGAGAGAAGCCGAGUGUGCAGGAGGAAGAGAGGAAGCGGGAGGGGAAAGAGGCAAAAGCAGCUCAGAAACCCAGAGAGGAGGGAGAGGAGAAGAGGACUGAAGUGAAGAUGGCGGGAGAGGAGGAGAAGGAGCAGGAGAAGAGGAGGCUGGAGAGACAGAAGGCCGUGCAGGAGGAGCAGCAGGGAGGAGAGAGGGGCCUGACGAGGGACCGGGGCGUCCACCCACAGCUCAACAACACCUGCCUGCCGUCUGUGCCCAGGAGCAUCGUCAGCGACAUGAAGCGUGAGCCGCUGACCAGAGCUCGGAGUGAGGAGAUGGGUCGCACUGUCCCCGGACUGCCCGAGGGCUGGAUGAAGUUCCUGGACACGGUGACGGGCACAUACCGUUACUACCACUCGCCGACCAAUAGCGUGCACCUCUACCCCCCGGAGGUGAGCGUGUCACACACGCCCCCGGCCACACCCCCCACCCUGAAGCAGAAGCAGAAGCAGGUGCACCCGGAGGCCGACCGAGAGCUGUCCAAGCUCAAACGCUCCUACUCCUCUCCCGACAUCACGCAGGACAUCCGUGAGGAGGGCCCCAGGAAGCCCAUCGCCACGCCGACCGUCAACAGGGGCACCAAGCCACAUAGCGUGACGGCGUACACGAAAGCCGAGAUCGCCCGUCCGUCUGCCGCUAAGAUCCGUAACCUGAACCCCGUGUUCGGGGGCCUGGGGUCCUCCCUGACGGGGCUGCGUAACCUGGGGAACACCUGCUACAUGAACUCGGUUCUGCAGUGCCUGUGCAACACGCCCGCCAUGACCGAGUACUUCAACAGGAACCUGUACCUGGAGGACAUCAACAGAGCGAACAUCUUGGGGCACAAGGGCGAGGUGGCGGAGGAGUUUGGGGUGAUUAUGAAGGCCUUGUGGUCGGGGCUGUACAAGUGCAUCAGCCCGCGGGACUUUAAGGUCACCAUCGGGAAGAUCAACGAGCAGUUCGCCGGCUACGAGCAGCAAGACUCUCAGGAGCUCCUGCUCUUCCUCAUGGACGGGCUGCACGAGGACCUCAACAAGGCGGACAACCGCAAGAGGUACAAGGAAGAAGCCAACGAUCACCUGGACGACCAGAGCGCGGCGGACCUGGCGUGGGAAAAGCACAGGCUGCUGAACGAGUCCAUCAUCGUGGCGCUGUUCCAGGGCCAGUUCAAAUCCACCGUGCAGUGCCUGACCUGCCACAGGAAGUCCCGCACCUUCGAGACUUUCAUGUACCUGUCCCUGCCCCUGGCCUCCACCAACCGCUGCUCCCUGCAGGACUGUUUGAAAUUGUUCUCUAAAGAAGAGAAGCUCACUGAUAAUAACAGGGUGUUCUGCCGACACUGCAAAGUCCUAAGAGAUUCCACAAAGAAGCUGGAGAUCUGGAAGGUUCCCCCGAUUCUCUUGGUGCAUUUAAAACGGUUCUCCUACGAAGGGAGGUGGAAACAGAAGCUCCAGACAGCCGUGGACUAUCCUCUGGAGAACCUGGACUUGGGACAGUAUGUCAUCGGACCCAAACACAUCCUGAAGAGAUACCACCUCUUUGGAGUGUCUAACCACUACGGCGGCCUGGACGGCGGCCAUUACACGGCGUACUGCCGGAACCCCGCCAAGCAGCGCUGGUUCAAAUUCGACGACCACGAGGUGACCGACAUCCCCGCAUCUUCGGUCAAGUCCUCGGCCGCCUACAUCUUCUUCUACUCGUCCCUGUGAGGUGACCGGGAGAAGGAAGGGGACCACGUUGAGCGGUAACGCUGCAUGACCGCGAACGCUGAGCGCCAGCCGGGGGUCGGCAGGAACCCGGUUUACGGUGCGGGCGCGGCUCGGACCGUUCCCGUAGAUUUUUGGGGGGCGCGGACUCGGCGCUCCGUGUCGGGCGACCGCACUCUCAGCUCGUAUAGGACCGCAUAGGCGUUUAUAAGGCUUCCUACAUCACUAUUAUUGACCGUAGUGAGAAAAGCAAAUGUUACAGUACCUUAUAUAAGACCAACCACACUGCGUAGGGGGCCUGUUUGGGCGGGCGUGGCUUUAGCCAGGUUUGAAGUACCUGCCCGCUUGUACUGUGGUACUGGAACCGGGUAAAACACUCCGAUUCUGUUUAUUGUCAGUGUCAUGGCCUUUUCAUAUUACUGAUAUUAAGCUUUCCUGUACUGUGAAUAUAAUAGACUGAAGAAGAGUAACAUAUGUACAUACCAUUUGCAAAUCUUGCACAUUAAACCUGUGUAAAUGUUAUUUAAUAUUUAAUGCUAUAUAAAUGUCAGUUUAUUUGUAAGGUGACCCAAAUUAUGUGGGACUCUGCUGCUUUUGAGGUUUUGGCGGCCUGUCGGGUGAAAAGAAGCAGUCAAUAAAGGUUUCCUGAUUAUAAAUCCUGUAUUUGA